UCCUCAAUGGACGAAGUCUGCAGAUAAAGAGGGAGAUUCACGCCUUUCUGGUUGCCACGCAACAGCCGUCCUCUGUCACGCAUGUGCGCGGUGCAUAGUGGGAGUAUCCGAGCGAUGCUGAAUCAGUGCUGGAGCGGAGGAGCAGAGGAGGCUGAAAAUGGUGCAGCAUCAACAAGGGGAAAAGGCGCAGCGGUCGCGCCAGUGGAAUAAUGCGGCUCUCCUUAAACUCUCACUUUGAGAUUUUACUCCGACGACAGAAGAACAGGUAAAUGGCAGGGAUUGGUAAAGCACUGGCCAGCCGAUGCAGUGCGUAGGGCCCGGAGUCCACGGCGACGAAAACAUGAACGGGGCGGGAGAGCAGGUCGACAUCCUGCCCUCCAACUGCUUGGUGAAAGAUCGCUGGAAAGUGCUAAAGAAGAUUGGGGGUGGAGGGUUUGGGGAGAUAUAUGAGGCCUACGACUUGUUGACGCGGGAGAAUGUGGCUCUUAAGGUGGAAUCUGCCCAACAACCCAAACAAGUGCUAAAGAUGGAGGUUGCUGUGCUAAAAAAACUACAAGGAAAGAAUCAUGUUUGCAAAUUCAUUGGAUGUGGAAGAAAUGACAAGUUCAAUUAUGUUGUCAUGCAGCUGCAGGGGAGGAAUCUUGCUGAUCUCAGGAGGAGUCAGCCUAGGGGGACAUUUAGCAUGAGCACCACGCUACGGUUGGGGAAACAGAUCCUUGAGUCCAUUGAAGCCAUUCACUCUGUGGGCUUCCUGCACCGAGACAUUAAACCUUCUAAUUUCGCUAUGGGUCGGUUGCCGUCAACUUGUAGGAAGUGUUACAUGCUGGAUUUUGGUUUGGCACGACAGUACACAAAUACAAAUGGGGAGGUGCGGCCGCCCAGGUCAGUGGCUGGGUUCAGAGGAACGGUGCGAUACGCUUCCAUUAAUGCUCAUAAAAACAAGGAAAUGGGUCGUCAUGAUGAUUUGUGGUCGUUGUUUUAUAUGCUGGUAGAGUUUACCGUUGGACAAUUACCAUGGCGUAAGAUAAAAGAUAAGGAGCAGGUGGGACAGAUUAAAGAACGCUACGAGCACAGGAUGCUGUUGAAACACAUGCCUGCAGAGUUUCAUAUCUUUUAUGAUCAUGUGCUGGAUUUGGAUUAUUUCACCAAACCUGAUUAUCAGUUGCUGAUGUCAGUAUUUGAGAACAGCAUGAAAGACAGGGUGAUAACUGAAAACGAGCCGUAUGACUGGGAAAAAUCUGGAACAGAUACGGCACUCCCUACCAGCACACACACACCACCACAGCAAAACACAAGGCAAACUGCUGCCAUAGUGGGGGUGGUAAAUGUGACUCCAGUACCCGGUGAACUACCAAGGGAAAACACUGAUGAUGUUCUGCAAGAUGAACACCUGAGUGACCAAGAGAAUGCUCCACCUGCUUUAAUACCCAGCAGGCCGACCGAACCGGCUCCAGCCGCACCUGCAGGUGAAGCAUGGGAUGAAACUGACUUCAAUAGAAACCAACUCAGGAUCAGCAUCAGUAAGACACAAGUAGCAGCAGAGGAUGGAGAUGAGCCUGCUGGAGGAGGGAGGUCUGUUUCUCCAGCCAGGGGUGGGGAAGGUGAUGCUCAGGCUCGUCCUCCAAGGUACCGGAGAGUCAACAGCCCUGAAUCAGAGCGUCUGUCUGGUGCAGAGGAUAGAGGAGAUGGUGCAGAUAAACGCUCUCGUCUGGACAUGCUGGGCUCUCCAUCCAGGCAUGUCUACUCUUCUCAGCCUGCUCAGAUGCUCUCCUUAGAGGGUGGACAGGGAGAAAGGUUGGCCGGCGGCCGUCAUGAUGUCUCUGCAGACGGUGACCAGGAGGCCCACAGCAAUGCCUUCAUACGCUCAGUCCCGCUGGCAGAGGAAGAGGACUUCGACAGCAGGGAGUGGGUGAUGAUCGAUAAAGAAACUGAGCUGAAGGACUUCCUCCCCGGGGCAGAACCAACCACCUCAGGCACCACAGAUGAGGAACCUGAGGAAUUGCGGCCCCUCGAGGACCACGAGGAGAGGAGAAGGAGAGUGCAUGGAGGAGCUGAGGCUGUGGUUCGACCUAAAACACAGCGAGGGAUGAUGAUUGUAGCAGAGGAGGAGGGAGCAGGGCCGAGUCCCGGCCAUUCAUCCUGUCACACGCUGCCUCGUUCCUGCCCGAGAAGAAGAGAGUCGGAGCCGUUUGGACCUGAUGGACCGGACAUCGCCGUGGCUGAACCUUCGCCUUCGUUCUCUCAGACGCGUAUGAAGCGAGUGGACUUUGUGUCUGGUGUUUUGAUGUUUGAUGAUCUGAGAGAGGAGGUUGUGAAGACUGGAGGUUCAGGAAGUGAUGGGAGUCCACGCAGUAGUGAGGGAAGCCCGGAAGGGGCAGCGUCCACCCUACUCGCCCCUGCACAUCGAGACCAUGACCAGGAAGAGGGCUCACGCACACUGGUGCUUGUGUCUGCCGGUAACGGACAAGUUUCACCUGGGGAUGGGCAGGGAACGCUUGCUGCUUUGACACCGCAGGGAGAGCGACCUGUGCCGGAAGAAUCUGAACCUGGCACUCUUUCCUCUGUCAUUAAAUCAGAGCCCAGGCCUAUCGUCAUGACAACUGCGGCUGUGAUCACCAGUGGUUCUUCCUCGCCACCGUUUACUAAAGUGGAGCGCACUUUCAUCCACAUCGCUGAGACGUCACAUCUUAAUGUCAUGACAGCCAGACACCGUCCGUCUGGAUUCGAUGAGCCGAUAUCUGUUGAGCGUGACGAAAUGGGGGAAGAGAAAGAGGAUCGGUCAGGGCAACUAGUGGAGAUAGAGAGGAAUAGUAAAGGGAUUAAGGUGGAAAGGGAAGGGGAUGAGAAGAAAAAGGAAGAAAGUGAAGCUGAGAAGGAAAAGCAGGAAGUAGAAAAUGUAAUUAUUAGUAGCAGAGAGGAAGCAGAGACUGUGUUUUUAGCUGAGCAGCCAGUGUCUAUAGCUAUUAAAGAAAAUAUUUCAAUAGAAACCAAAUUAGAUGACGAACAAGAUGGUGUCACAACAGAGAAAGAACAGGAGCAAGAAGAGAGUCCAUCUGUGUCCCCUGAACAAAACAGAGAUGCUGAAGUAGAGGAUGAGAAGGAUGUGUCUCCACCAGAGGUGGAGUCACCUGAUAGAAAGCCACUCCCACAAAGGCGGAGCCGUAUUCCUGUGCUCAUGUCAGAGGAUGAAACGGGCUCAGACAAGUCAUCGCAGACGAGUCAAGAGCAGUUGCAACGAACUCGCAAAAGCAGACACCAACAGUUGGCCCGUCUGGUUCUGGAGCGUAAACAAACGCAUAUGAUGCGCUCUCGUUCUGCCUCCUCACACUCCCCAACACUCUCCACCACUGCAUCUGAGGAUGAAGCCCACCAAUCUGAUGACUCCGCUAAAGGAGCGGAUGGGAAAAUUAAGAGCAGGAUCCCUCGGCCAGUCACGCCUAUCAGGGGGUCUUACGACCUGUUAAAGUGCGCGACUCUACCGCAAACCCAGAGAUCUGUGUCUUUUAUUCAAUACAGAACCAACAGUUCUAUCAAUCCCAAGAUUCAGAAAUCUGCAAGUCUGCACACAAAUAUUCAUCAGCAGCCGCCUAAACCUCAGCUCCGCCCCUCUAAAACACUUCCACCCCUUCCUCCAUCUUCAGGUCCUUCCCACACUCAAGGAAGCCGGACGGCCACACGUACCGUUACUCGUACCUCAGCUCCUAAUGCCACCAGAAGCAUCAGUACUUCCCCGCGAAGCUACGGCACCUCCCGCACCGACAGCCCCUCGCCUCAGCGCAUUCGACGACAGCUUGCAGCCAAUGAAACGCAACGGCAAGCCCAGCAGCCCAGACCUCCAGUCCCGUCUGUGUCCAAAUCCAAACCUCAGGACUCCACCACCCCAAGAAAGAGCAAAUCCCACCCAUCAACCUCAACAAAAGCAAAGAAAGAUCCACUGGAGUCAAAAACAAAAACAAGAUAAUUACAGUGUGUGAAGAAGGACUCCAUUGCUCUAGAUUAUCUUCAUCCUCAGCAUCAACACCACAAUCACUCUCUGAAUUGUCAGACACGCAACCAAACAAUAUGAAGGACACGUUCGCUAUUCUGCCAAGUGACUGCAGCAGCUACUUAAAUACCUCUGCUGAGGAAAACCUCUGACAUUUACACACAGCGAGUGUGUGUGUGGGAGAGUUGUCAUUAAUGAGGGGUGUUGGACGGAUAAACACACCUCAUAUGCCUUAAACCUGCAAAGGAAAUUAUUGCUGCCAUCACAAAAAAGCUUCCACAGGCUCUCAUGUCCACAGCGCAAACACUACUAUCAUGUUCAAUAAUGAAGCCAAUCAUACUGUACGAGUAAAAAUUGGGAUCUACUUAGCUUUAAUACUUUUCAAUAGAUUAAAGUACCUGCCAGUUAUUCACUGAAAUAUCAUUUGUGAAACAGGGCAAACCAACAUCAGAAUCAGAAUCUACAAAUCCUAAAAUAAUUACAAAAAUUAUAUUCAAUUUAUUUGUGUUUAAGAGAGACUUUUAUAUCAGCUAAUGCAGUGUGUUAACCUGUAUUAGGUAGUUCUGUGCAGAAAUUUCUGAAAAGUGAGCGAUUCUUAAUUCUCUAGUUCUAAAACCUGCAUUUAAUUUCUACACAGAGCUAAGGGUAUGUUUACACAACACUGUCAACUAAAAACAUUUCAACUCGUUUAUUGCAUUUUCUGCUGAUGAUUUACAUAAAAAAAUUAAAUUAGGUAGCUAAGAAUACUAACUUUAGAUAACCAAGGCUCAUUCUGAUUACGUACCCCUAUAUACAUUUCAGAACACAGCAAAAUACGUCACAGGAGCUAGAUUUAUUUUAUUUUUUUUCGUGAAUCCACCAGAUACUGCUGUGUAUGCUUUUUGAGAUCCCAAAUUUCUCUCGUGAGUGCCAUUCAAGUCUGCUGUUCUCACAUAAAUCCACCAGAGGCUGGAUUUGUCAACUGACUGACUUUUUGACUAACCAACCAACCGAAACCCUUACUCUCCCCCUUCCCUAAACCCAACCAAUAGCAUUUUAAAAAGCGCCGUUUGACCCGCCCACCCCUUUCCUAAACCCA